UUAGGCGUCCAGCGGUCCGAGACGCGGGAGCAGCUGGGGCCGGGGUCCCGGCGCAGGCCUGCGGUGUCUCGGUGAUUGCUUUAGUCCGCCCUGCCUCCUGCUCUCCGAGGAGCCUUUCCCGCGAAGGCGGGGCGAUGCCGGGGAACCGGCAGCUGAGGGUCCGCUCCGGGAACGAGCAUCGUCCCGCGCCCGCCAUGGAGCCGGCAGGUCGCGAGGUCUGGGCCCACAGCCGCGCGGCGCUCGACCGGCUGGAGAAACUGCUGCGCUGCUCGCGCUGCACUAAUAUUCUGAGGGAGCCUGUGUGCUUAGGAGGAUGUGAGCACAUCUUCUGUAGUAAUUGUGUAUGUGACUGCAUUGGAAGCGGAUGUCCAGUGUGUUAUACCCCAGCCUGGAUACAAGAUGUGAAAAUAAAUAGACAAUUGGACAGCAUGAUCCAGCUUUGUAGUAAGCUUCGAAACUUGCUACAUGACACUGAUUUUUCAGAUUUGAAAGAAGAAACAUCUAGGAAGAAUUUAUUUAGUGAUGCAGAAUAUAAGAAGAAUUCAAUAAAAAUGUGGUUUAGUCCUCGAAGUAAGAAGGUCAGGUAUGUUGUGAGUAAAGUUUCAGUGCAAACCCGUCCUCCUGUGAUAAACAGUCAAACUGCUCAGCAGGCCUCCAUGUAUGAGUUUGUCUCUCCAAGCCCUCCGGUGGAUGUUUCUGAGAGGGCUAAGAAGCCUUCCAGAAGAUCUGGAAAAAAGCAGAAAAAGAAAACUUUAGCUGAAAUCAACCAGAAGUGGAAUUUAGAGACAGGGAAGGAAGAUGGUGAACUUGCCUCCAAAGAGGAAUUUAAGGAAAAGCUGGUAUCCUUCUGUAGCCAGCCGUCUGUCAUUGCUAGUCCUCAGACAAACGGUGAAAUAGACUUACUAGCGAGUGGCUCCCCUGCAGAAUCUGAGUGUUUUGGAAGUUUAACUGAAGUCUUUUUACCAUUGGCUGAGCACAUUGAGUCUCCAGAAACUGAGAGCAGGAAUGAAGUAGUGACUCCUGAGAAGACUCUCUGUGAAAAUCAUCUUACAGCUGAGAAGUCCUUGCCAUCAGGUCACAGUGGGAAACGUGGGCGUCACAACAGACUUUUCAGUCCUGUUUCUAAGAAAUGUAGGAACAGCGUUGUGAGCACCAGUGGAAAUUCUGUUAAGGAAACGGCACAGUCAGAAAACAUGCCAUUACCCGGAUGUUCUUCACCACCUUCAAACAAACUGAAAGUUGGUGACACAUUAAGGAGGAAGAGCAGUAAUAUAUUAGAUGAAUCUUUUAGCCUUUCACCAGGUACGCCCCCUUCUACACUGAAUAGUCCAAGUUACAGACGAAUGAUGUGUAGCCCCUCAGCAACGAAGCUGUCGCACAGUAGCCUUACAGCUGGGAAAAGAAAUCACAGAGGAGAGACUUUGCUCCAUGUUGCUUCCAUUAAGGGUGACAUACCUUCUGUUGAAUACCUCUUGCAAAAUGGAAGUGACCCAAAUGUUAAAGACCAUGCUGGAUGGACACCACUGCAUGAAGCCUGCAAUCAUGGGCACCUGCAGGUGGUGGAAUUGUUGCUCCAGCACAAGGCGCUGGUGAACACCACCGGGUAUCAGAAUGACUCACCCCUUCACGAUGCAGCCAAGAAUGGGCACGUGGAUAUAGUCAAACUGUUACUUUCCUAUGGAGCCUCCAGAAGUGCUGUGAACAUAUUUGGUCUGCGGCCUGUGGAUUACGCAGACAGUGAAGACGUGAAAUCGCUGUUGCUGCUGCCAGAGAAGAAUGCGUCAUCUUCAGUUAGCCACUGCUCAGCAAUAAACACUGGUCAGCGUAGGGAUGGACCCCUUGUACUUAUAGGCAGUGGGCUUUCUUCAGAACAACAGAAAAUGCUCAACGAGCUUACAGCAAUUCUAAAGGCUAAAAAAUGUGCUGAGUUUGAUAGUACAGUAACUCAUGUCAUUGUUCCUGGUGAUACAGUUCAAAGCACCCUGAAGUGUAUGCUUGGGAUUCUCAGUGGAUGCUGGAUCCUAAAAUUUGAAUGGGUGAAAGUGUGUCUACAAAGAAAAGAGUGGGAACAGGAAGAAAAGUAUGAAAUUCCUGAAGGACCACAGAGAAGCAGGCUCAACAGAGAACAGCUGUUACCAAAGUUGUUUGAUGGAUGCUACUUCUAUUUUGGUGGAACCUUCAAACACCAUCCAAAGGACAACCUUACUAAGCUGGUCGCUGCAGCUGGGGGCCAGAUCCUCAGCAGAAAGCCCAAGCCGGACAGUGACGUGACCCAGAGCAUCAGCACAGUCGCGUACCAUGCCAGACCUGAUUCUGACCAGCGCUUCUGCACACAGUAUAUCAUCUAUGAAGAUUUGUCUAAUCAUCGCCCAGAGAGAGUUCGGCAGGGCAAAGUCUGGAUGGCUUCUUCCAGCUGGUUUAUAGAUUGUGUGAUGUCCUUUGAGUUGCUCCCUCUUGACAGUUGAAUACUACACCAGAUGAACAUUUCAGAUUGAACGUGCACAGUGUGAGAACCCAGUGAUUGCACUGUUUUGAUCACAUUUUUACAGAUAGGUAGACUCAUUCAUAUACUGUUUUUCCUUGAAU